GUGUCACGAGACACCGGUCUCGAACUUUGGUGUACCGGGUUUCCCGAACGACUUCACAUCAAUCUCGCCAAACGCGCUUACCGUGCAAGCAAUCGCCGCGAUUACGUGAUUCAGAUGCUGACUACAUGGCUACGAUGGCAAGAGUCUCUUCGUAUUAAAGAUGCCUACCUGCAGUGGCGGGCUUCUCGGGAUGUAGCUGACGAAACUUUGGUGUCUGCGGCUGUAGUUGAUCUUGUCAAAGAUUCUGACGCCAGCGACACAGAUUCAGAUGUCGAUACCCUCGACAGCCGACAGCAGCUUCACAACAUGUCUCGUCAAAUACACCGCUUCACCAUGCUGACUACCACACGCGGUUACUCCGUCCCCAAGACCUGUCCAUUCCCUAACACACCAAUUCAACGUCUAUCGGAAAACCACGGUGCUUCCAUGUUCAUCCCUGCUCUUGAAGCAUUCCUCAAUGAGCACCUUCCAAGACAGUCGCACAGAACGCUGGAUCUGCAGGUCCGCGUUGAUGUUUACAAGUACUUGUCAGUCCUCUCACCGGCGCUACCACAUAUAAGCAAGUCCAAAUGUUUCUUCAAGAUACGUGCAUCACUAGGGACUGGCUCAAAAGAUGUGAGAAAACCUCCGACCCCUCCGCGAUUUAAGCUCCCGUCGUGUCUCGACAAUUUUUUCGCACCCCAUUCUUUACAUUCACUGGUUCCGUCCCCUCCAGACUUUCGACGGUAAUUUGCAGACCUUCCGCCUUACUCGGUCAUCUCGGCAGCACAGGCCUCAUGUAGUUGUGGUACCUGUCACAUAACUUGUUCGUCCGUGCCACGUUUGGGUCAACAGCAGGUUACUGAUGAGACAGCACAAUUCUAUCUUAAUAAAUACAAACGUUCCUUACACCUUCGGGCGUUUUCCAUCGUCAAUCACAAUAAGAGAUGUCUGUAUACAACGUUUACGAAUCUGUGCGCAAGUCAAGCACAGCUUUCUCUAGCGUUAGCCCUUGACAUCCGUUGAAUGUC